AUGCUUUGGUCGAACUCGUUGGAGCUCGGAGGUUUGAAAAGCAAAAACCUUCACUCGUGGGCUCUCGUGGUCUCGUCCCUCAUCAAAAGCGGAGACAUAAAGGCCGCAAAGUCGGUCUUUGAUUCCAUGCCCGGGUGGAAUGUCGUGGUGUGGAAUAUGCUCCUUUGCGCAUAUGCCCGCCGUGGGCAUAUACUGGAAUGUACAAACAUCUUCAGUCUUAUGGCAGAAAGGAACAUCAUUUCCUGGAAUGCCUUGCUUCUCCUUUAUAGAACCACUGGCGAAAUUGAUCAAUCGAAGGUGAUAUUUCAGAACAUGCCAGAGCAUAACGUAGUAUCAUGGACAAUUUUGCUAUCGGCAUAUGCCCGAUUAUGGGAUCUGGAGAGUGCGAGACAUGUUUUUGAUUCCAUGCCCGAGAGGUCUCUCGUCUCCUGGACGGCGAUGCUCGAAUGUUAUGUCCAGAGGGACGAGAUGGAACUAGCGAGAAAGGUUUUUGACGACAUGCCCGAGCGUGAUCUCUUCUCGUGGACGUCCAUUCUCUGCGGGUACGCGAAGCUGGGAGAUGCCCGCGCCGCGAGAGAGCUCUUGGAUCGAAUGCCCCUGGGAGACGUCGUCUCGUGGAGCUGCGUGAUCGAGGCACUCGUGAGGGACUCUCAGAUUUCUAGAGCUCGCGAGAUCUUCGACAGUCUCCCGGUGUGUGAUCUUCAUUGCUCCAAUGUGAUGCUUGCAGCGUAUGCCCAAAGAGGAGAUCUAGAGGAGGCGAAAGCAUUGUUUGAUCGCAUCCUUUUGAGAAACUGUUUCACUUGCACUUCUAUGCUAGAUGCAUUUUCUAAGUCUGGAAGAACCAUUGAAGCGAAGACUUUUUUUGAUAAUUUUAUGCCUGAGUGGAGCUUAGUUUCCUGGAACACCAUGCUUUCAGCAUUUGCCUUGAGUGGUCAUUCGGAGGACGGACAAAGGUUCUUCGAUUCGAUGCCGGAGAAAACGUUGGCCUCCUGGAAUUCUCUACUGGAUGCUUACACUCAUGCUGGGAACGUUUCGGCUGCUAAAGAGAUCUUUGAUAGAAUGCUAGAGCGGGAUAAAUUCUCGUGGAACUCACUGCUCACUGCGUUCUCCCAAAAUAACUACGUGGAUGAGAGCAAAGAACUGUUUAACAGCAUGAAGAUCGUUGAAUCACCAGACCAGGUAUCAUUCCUGUCAAUCCUCCACACUUGCAGCCACACCGGAAAUCUCAGCGAUGGAAGAUCACACUUCGGGUCAAUGAGUCUGGAUUUCAGCUUGGAGCCCACCAAGCACCACUUUUGCUGCAUGAUCGAUCUGCUCGCAAGAUCCGGUUACCUGCACCAAGCGUGGCAUCUGCUGGAAACCACGAAUUCUACCAGUGAAGCCGGCUGGACGAGUUUUCUGGGAGCAUGUCGAAACUUCCGCAAUCCUGGGCUGGCUAAGCUCGCCACAGGCUCCAUUCUCAACAUGAAUGUAGGCAACAGGGCAGCUUACGAUUUGUACUUAAGGUUUAUGGCAUUUUCGCAUUUUCGUUGGGGUUUUGCUCGGGAGGAGUUGGCGGUCCAGGUUAGAACGAUUGCCAAUCUUGUUUGCGCAAUAGCUGACGAGAAAGGUGGCAAUCCCACUCGCAGUGCACGCCUUUUGGAGCGGUUUAUCCUCGGCGACCACAUCCCAGGCGACGUGCUACGUACCACAAAUGGCUACACCGACAUUGAGGACAGCGGACCUCUGCUUGUGAGGGAUCACUAUAGCACCUUCUUGGCGAUGAUCCGGGACAGAUUCUACUGCAUACUCAGCCGCCGCUGCUGCAAGGUGGUCGGCCCAUGA